UAUUUAUAAUUACGUUUUUCUCUGUUAUUUUUAGUAAAAGAUGUUUCUAGAUGGGAGAUAAUCAGCUGAAUAAGAUUAUUGGACUGACCAGGGAGUGGAGUUGGCGUCUAUUUAUCUAAAUAUGUGUUGUGAAAAAUCACAGGACUUUUAAUAGUUAAUGAUGAAUAAGAGUGGAAUUCUGGGUUGCUUUUUAUCUUAAUCGUUACUUAACUGCUUACUUCAAAGUUUUCGCAGAACACAGGGACCAUUACUGAUGCGCUGUGAUGCAGAGCUCGUCCCUAGGCGCACGCGGCCAACUCCGUUUCCAAGCUCUGGUUUCCACGCGCCUCCUCCUAACAACAUGGCGCCAGCGAACAGCUGUGCUGCCCGUGUAGGAGGAACAACAUAACCAAUACUUCAAGAGAACGAAAUGGAUGAAAUGUGCUGCCUCGAUCCUCUUAAACAUCAUUCAACUAUUUGCUAUUUCCCCGGAAUUUGUUAUCUUCAACACAUGACCAAAGGAAAUCAAACGGUGUCUUUAGCAUCAGUUCUGUGCGGGAGAAACUGACAGGUUGAGUGAGAUACCACCUGCUUCACUAUGGCGACGGGACCCCGAAGAUGAGUCUUGAGAAUCUGUUCAAUUGGUGUUUCCAGGCCACCGACAAAGGAAGUUUACAUUUAUUUCAAGGAGUUUAGGUUCAGGACAUUUUAACUUCAACAUAGCCGUUUAACCAAGGUAAGAAGGACGCUAGCCAAAAAAAAAAAAAAAGUUCUCAAGUAUUUACUCUAAUUCCAUAAUUCAGUCAAAAGAAACGAGGAGAGUGGAUUAAUGGAGGACGACAGGGGAAGAGAAAAAUUGCCUCCUAUAUUGACGUCAUCUCUUACGGGUUUUGGACAGGGCAUGAAGAAGCCAUACCCCUGCCUGAGUGGCUUUACGUCCAGCAUGAACCACCGCAGGGCAAACACAGUGUGCUCACGCUUGGGUACCGAGUUGCCCCCUUUGAGCACAGACGUCAGGCAAAAGCAGCGCUUCUCCAUCGACACUCUUCCCCAGGAAGCGAAAGCCCCUUUCCCCAGCGACCCCGUCAUCCCACUCCGCAUGAAAACUGCCCGCCAGUUCCAGGAAGACUUGGAGAGAUCAUUGGCGUCAGGAGACUGGAGAGAAGUCCGAGAGUUUUAUCUCACCACAUUCGAGUCCUUCCUGGAGCUCAAUGCUGCUUUUAAGAGAGAGGCCAACGCCCCUUUCAACACCAUCGAGGACUCUGGGAUCGACUCCAAAUUCAUCAACGUUGUUUUUGAUGCUUUACUUCAGACUCCCCAAGAUAUCCAGAAGUCUGUACUGAAGGGGAUCAUAAACAGCUUGCUGAGGGAGUGGAAGGGGCCGCGAACAAAAGAUGACCUGAGAGCGUACUUCAUUCUCGUGCAGAACCCUCAAUACUCCCACACCAGUACCUAUGUGAUCUACGCUCACCUGCUCAGACAGAUAGUGUCACUCUCAGAGGCUGACCAGCACUUCCUCAUGCACUGGUUUAAGAGGUUGUCUCCACGAAGGUUCAAGCAGCUGGUGGAGCGUCUGCUACAGUUCAUCUCCACCCGCCUCUUUCCUGCUACACCCGACGACCUUCCUCCAAUCAGCAAGUGCUCCUGGUGGAUCCCCUCGGCUACAAGAGUGUUGGCCCUCCUCAAUGCAGCCAACAGCCUGUCCUCCCCUCCCAUCCUCUCCUACACGGACUUCUACAACAUCGCGCUGGACCACAUCGACAUCAUGGGAGAGUACAGGACCUGGCACGGCAACUCCAACAAGUUCUCUUUCUGCCAAUUUCCUUUCAUCCUGUCAGCGGCAGUGAAGAAAGCCAUCAUACAGAGAGACUCAGAACAACAGAUGAUCAGCAUAGCCAGGCAAAGUCUGGUGGAUAAAGUAUCCCGGAGACAGAGAGUGGACAUGAACCUGCUUUUCCUCAACAUCAGAGUGCGCCGCACACAGCUGCUCUCGGACUCAUUGGAUGAGUUGAGCAGGAAGAGGGCCGAGCUGAAGAAGAAGCUGAGGGUGACGUUUGUAGGAGAGGCUGGACUGGACAUGGGGGGCCUCACCAAGGAGUGGUUCCUCCUGCUCGUCAGACAGAUCUUCCACACAGACUACGGCAUGUUUACGUACCUGAAGGAGUCCUGUUGUCACUGGUUCAGCAGUUGGAAGUGUGACAACCUCUCUGAGUUCCAGUUGGUUGGGACGCUCAUGGGAUUAGCUGUGUAUAACAGCAUCGCCCUGGACAUUCACUUCCCUCCCUGCUGCUACAAGAAGCUCCUGACUCCACCCAUCGUGCCAUGUGACCAGAACACUCCUGUUGGCAUGGCGACGCUGGGCCUUGAUGACUUGCAGCAGGUUAUGCCAGAUCUUGCGCAUGGACUCAGUGAGCUGCUCGACUAUGAGGGCGACGUUGAAGAGGAUUUUUAUUUGACUUUCCAGGUUUUUCAGGAGGAGAUGGGAGUGGUGAAGUCAUACAACUUGAAGACAAGUGGAGAAAAGAUCCCCGUUACCAAACUCAACCGAAAAGAGUACGUGCAGCUGUAUGUGGAUUUCCUCCUCAAUAAGAGCAUUUAUAAGCAGUUUGCUGCCUUCUAUUACGGCUUCCACGGAGUGUGUGCGUCAGGCGCGCUGAUGCUGCUGCGGCCUGAGGAGGUGGAGGUCCUGGUGUGUGGAAGUCUGGACCUGGAUAUGCUGGCCUUGCAGAAAGAAGUCCAGUACGAGGGCUACAACAGGAAUGACACCACCAUACGGUGUUUCUGGGAGGUGGUGCUGGCCUUUCCUGUAGAGUUACAGAGGAAGUUACUUCAUUUUGCCACAGGAAGUGACCGCGUGCCGGUGGGUGGCAUGGCUCACCUCAACUUCAAAAUCUCCAAGAUCGAUGUCUCCACUGACUGGUUGCCCAUCUCACACACCUGUUUCAACCAGAUCUGCCUUCCCCCCUAUAAGAGCAGGAAAGAGCUGAAACACAAACUCACCAUUGCCAUCUCCAAUGCAGAGGGCUUUGGACUGGAGUAAUGAGUGUGUGUGUGUGUGUGUGGUGUG